AUGAGGUACUUAUUCGCAUCUCUGUUCACAAAACAGCAUGUGGCGUGUGUGCCACCGACUCCCAUUGAGAUCGCAUCAGCACCUGUUCGCCCGCAGAAUGGCAAGGCAAAUGUACUGAAAUACAUAAUGUCGCGUAACACAAAGGACUCGGCUUAUUACCAACAUGUAUCACGAUCGGAUAUUGGGCACGUUCCAUAUGACACCGCCGACCUGAGCCCUUCAGAGAGGACUUCGGAAACCACUUCUACUAGUUACAAUCGGGCGCAUUCCGUGCCUCAUCUUGUACCGUGUACCAAACGAUCAUUCAGUAGCAAGAAAAAAGGUUCCAAGAAAGACGCCUCGAAAUCUUUCCCUAUGCCUCGCCGGUAUACAGCUGAGGAUAUAUCUCUGCCAGUUUCCUUCAAACACAUAUGUCACGUGGACAAAAAAGGCGCCGAGAAUUAUCGGAAAUCACGCCAAAACGGCACUGGCCACCGCACAACCACCGCCACCAGUCGGAGCUUGGACGGCAACUUGAACCGCUCGACACAAAAGUCAGCGAUUGUACGUUUACAGUCACUGAGUAGGGAUAAGUCACCGGCUGUACGUUUACAGUCACUGAGUGGGGAUACGUCACCGGCUGUACGUUUACAGUCACUGAGUGGGGAUAGGUCACCGGCUGUACGUUUACAGCCAUUGAGUGGGGAUAAGUCACCGGCUGUACGUUUACAGCCAUUGAGUGGGGGAGAUACGGAGCCCGCUCGUGCAGUGAUCAGGUCUAAAUCAGCUUCAAAAGUUGAUUCAUUUAUUUGGGACGAGUUCGACCACGGGGUAAGGCAUGUACCGAAGAAGAAACCCCCGCGCUCACCUCCCACGCAGUUAAGAUAUGAUAAACCCAAACCGCCCGAAUUCAAGCGUGUGCUUGUGAAACGGGCCACGACGGGUAAUACGCAUAGUUACGAGGACAUGCGUAGUGCCUUCCAGAGUAGACCGGCCAGCAGUGGUUAUCUAUCAAGCCCAAAUGCCUUAAGAAGCCCAAACGCCUUAAGAAGUCCAAACGAUUUCUCAAGCUUAAACACUUCGCAAAGCCCAUGCGCGUUAAGAAGCUCAACCGCUUUCACAGGCUUAAACACUUCGCAAAGCCCAAUUGCUCUAAGUGGGUCGUCUAUGGGUUCGUUCAACGCUGCUAGUAGCAGUGGUUUCAGCUUUAAAUCUGCUGCAACAGCGGUGCCUGCUGCCCCUCGAUCGAGGUUGACGUACACCAGCACAAGAUGAUGAUGAGGAAUGUACUUCAAAUACAUCUUAAUAGCUCUCGGUGCCGCGAUUGAUGCAACUUGUGAAUCCGGACCAGAUGAUAUCUCAUAAUAUAGCCCUUACAAUGGCCUGCUACUGGAUUUCGCGCACUACGUUUACAUCUUGGACCGGAACCUGCUACUUAAUUUAGUAAAUAAUAAAACACAUCUCAUAACUCUCUUUUACGGCUGCGUGUUUAUCUAGCACUUAAAAGUA